CCCCGAGCACAGCCCAUGGCCUCCCCGCGCCUGGGGACCUUCUGCUGCCCCACGCGGGACGCCGCCACCCAGCUCGUGCUGAGCUUCCAGCCGCGAGCGUUCCACGCGCUGUGUCUGGGCAGCUGCGCGCUCCGCCUGGCGCUCGGUCUCCUGCAGCUGCUGCCCGGACGCCGGCCCGCGGGCCCCGGGGCGCCCUGGACGUCCCCGCGGGCCUCUGCCCGCGUGCCGGCUUCCACCCGAAUCCUGCGCGCGGUUGCCGCCUGCGACGUGCUCGGCUGCCUGGGUAUCGUAGUUCGAUCUGCGGUGUGGUUAGGAUUCCCCGAUUUCGUUGAAAACGUCUCCCAGGUGAACGGGACAGAUAUUUGGCCUGCCGCCUUCUGCGUGGGGAGUGCACUGUGGAUCCAGCUGUUAUACAGUGCCUGCUUCUGGUGGCUGUUUUGCUACGCGGUGGACGCCUACCUGGUGAUCCGGAGAUCGGCAGGUCUGAGCACCAUAAUGUUGUACCACAUCGUGGCCUGGGGCCUGGCCGCCCUGCUCUGCACGGAGGGCGUCCUCAUGCUCUACUACCCUUCCGUGUCCAGGUGUGAGCGGGGCCUGGAUCACGCCAUCCCCCACUACGUCACCACGUACUUGCCACUGCUGCUUGUCCUCGUGGCCAACCCCAUCCUGUUCCGAAAGACACUGACUGCAGUGGCCUCCUUACUGAAAGGACGACAAGGCAUUUACACAGAGAACGAGAGACGGAUGGGCGCCAUGAUCAAGAUCCGAUUUUUCAAAAUAAUGCUGCUUUUCGUUAUUUGUUGGCUGUCGAACAUCAUCAAUGAGAGCCUUUUAUUCUACCUUGAGAUGCAACCAGAUAUCAAUGAGAGCUCUUUGAAACAUGUCAGAAAUGCAGCCAAGACCACGUGGUUUAUUAUGGGCAUACUGAAUCCAGCCCAAGGGUUCCUCUUGUCGCUGGCCUUCUACGGCUGGACAGGAUGUGGCCUGGGCGUCCGGUCUCCCAGGAAGGAGAUCCAGUGGGAAUCGAUGACGACCUCGGCCGCCGAGCGGGCCUUCCCGCCGCAGGAGGGCUCCUGUGUGCCCCGUGACGGCCCCGCUUCCAGGACGGCGCUGCAUGUCAGCAGGCACACUUCUGACGAGGCCCUGUGCAUACUGUCUGAAGGUUCCGAUGCCAGCACAGUUGAAAUCCACAUUGCCAGUGGGUCCCGCAACAAAAACGAGGUUCAACCUUUUCCAAAACUCCAGGGAGACCUGUGAGGGGGACGUGGCACGGUCCCUCCCUCAUGUCCUCAGACUCUGCGUUUCUCCUUCUUUAGAAUUGGGUUCUCUCCUUCCCAUCUCUGCCAGGGUGUGUGGCGUCCCUCGAAAUCUCACUCUCAGGACCAUGUUACACCUCCUGCCCGAGGCUGGU